GGCGCGCACUCGACAUGACGACCAUCGAGCGAGACGUUCUGAAGGAGUUUAUUCAGGCAUACCACGACAACCCAUGCCUAUGGGACGUCACUUCCGAAUUAUACAAGAACAAGGACAUGAAGCAGGUGGCAUGGGGCGAGCUCACCAAGAUACUCAAGAAGCUGGACGAAGAUGCCAACGUCAGCUCCGCCAAGAAGAAGGUGGAUAAUUUGAGGUCGGCGUACUUCAGGGAAGUAAGGAAGGUGCGAGCGUCCAAGCUGAAGGCGCGAGACGAGAAGGACAUAUUCCACCCGAACCUGUGGUACUACAAGCUGAUGUGCUUCUUGGGUCCUAGUCGGUCGACACAGCAGUCUACGUCGUACUCUUCAGGGAGUUCAGACCCACUCCAAUGUGAUAGCAAGCAAGAUUCAAGUAGCGAUGAGGAAUUAACAGAAACCCCAGCAACAAGAAGGAAAGCAAGCAGCGCUCGGAAAAAAAGAAGAGCAUCAAUAACUAGAACACAGACUUUCGUCGAGCCUUUACAGUUUCGCGAACCAAAACACGUAGAACCAAAAGCAAAGGAACCCAACUACUUCGGGGUAUACGUAGGCGAGCAAUUAGAACAGGUAUCCUUAUUCCAAAGGACUGUGGCGGAGAAAUUGAUAUCCGAAGUCCUAUUCCUGGCGAAAACGGAGAAUUUGAGCUACGAGUCGAAGAUCGAAACACCUUCGAAGAAGGAGUCGUCAGACGGUCUGGAACCAGAGUAUAUCGUGAUCUCGUCUCCUCGAAUGGAAGAGGAGAAGGACCCUAGCGAGUCGACGCUGUUAAAGGAAUUGUUGACUGAGGGAAGAAAUAGGAAAUAG